AUGAAAAAUAUUGAGGAUAACCAGAGCAAAAUUUGUGGACUAGAGGUAGAGCCCUAUGGAAUAAGUAAGGGCUGGGAUAGGAGAAAUACCACUGUAGUCUUUUUUAAUUUCUCCAAGAAUGUGAUAGGCUUGAGUCUUGCCAUAGACCCCCAGAUCAAUUACUGCGAAACGGUUCGAUGA